AUGGCCAGUUUUUCAUCCUUACAGGUUUCUCUCAUUUCUUUGGCUUUACUCAUCAUUUUGAUAAACUUUCUUCGUAUCAAAUGGAUUUCAUUUCAUUCAAAUAACAAAAAAAACUUCCCACCAUCUCCACGAAAACUUCCAAUCAUUGGCAACUUCCACCAAUUAGGAUCAAGCCCAAACCAAUCUCUUCAACUCUUGGCCCAAAAACAUGGUCCAAUCAUGCUCCUUCACUUUGGCAGCACACCCAUGCUUGUAGCUUCUUCUGCUGAAGUGGCUCGAGAGAUCUUGAAAACCCAUGAUCUAUCAUUUUCAAGUCGACCCAGUUUAACUAUACCCAACAUACUGUUGUACGGAUGUAAAGACGUAGCCUUUGCUCCUUAUGGGGAAUACUGGAGGCAGUUGAAAAGCACUGUAGUAGUCCAUCUUUUGAGUAGCACACGAGUUAGAUCAUUCCAACAAGUGAGAGAAAAAGAAAUAAGUCGUAUGAUUAGUAUGCUAGAAGAUAGUCAUGGUUCUUUGGUCGAUAUUGGUUCAUUGCUUAUUUCACUUACGAAUAACAUAAUUUGUAGGGUGGCUGUUGGAAGGGCGUAUGAUGGGUCAAAGCUCACAGACAUAUUGUGUCGAUUACUACAUAUGUUUACUGUUUUUAGUGUUGGGAGUUAUAUUCCAUGGUUGAAAUGGGUAGAUCGAGUUAGUGGUUUAGAGGGAAAGGCUAAAAAAGUUGCGCAAGAAUUUGAUGAGUUUAUUGAAGAAAUCAUUGAGGAGCAUUUAAAUAAUAAGUCUGGAAAUGAAGUUCAGGACUUAGUUGACAUCUUACUUGAUGUUCAAAGAGAUAACACAAUCGAUUUUAAUUUCCAUAGAGACACCCUUAAAGCUGUUAUAUUGAAUAUGUUUCUUGCGGGGACUGAUACGACAUACACAAGUUUACAGUGGACAAUCGCUGAGCUUAUAAAACACCCAAGAGUGAUGAAAAAGUUGCAGAAAGAAGUGACAGAAACAGCAAAAGGAAGAUCCAUGAUUGUAGAGGAGGAUUUGGAGAAGAUGGAGUAUCUUAAAGCUGUUAUAAAAGAAUCCUUGAGGUUACAUCCUCCAGUUCCACUUCUGGUUCCACGAAUAUCAACACAAGAUGUGAAAGUUAAAGGGUAUGACAUUCCAAAAGGGACACAAGUGAUCAUCAAUGCUUGGGCAAUAGGAAGAGACCCUGACAUUUGGAAACAAGAAUCAGAGGAUUUUAUGCCAGAGAGGUUUUUGAAGAGUUUGAUUGAUUAUAAUGGUGUUAACUUUGAGUGGCUUCCAUUUGGUGGUGGGAGGAGGAAAUGUCCUGGUAUUCAAUUUGGUGUGGUUAUCAUGGAGCUUGCGUUAGCAAAUCUGGUAUACAAGUUUGAUUUGACGUUGCCAGAUGGAGUGAAAAAAGAGGAUUUGGAUAUGAGUGAGGAAUUUGGUAUAGUCCUCCAUAUGAAAUCCUCUCCGAAGGUUAUGGCAACUCCUCGUGCUACCUGUUAAAUCACAAAGAUAUCUAAAUAUCUACCUAUCUAUCUAUAUCAUUUUCACUGUGUAGUUUGUCAAUUGCAACCUGACGCAAGCAAAUAAUGAAA